AGGGGUGUAUACAGGGAGGCCAGGCAGCCUGGAGUUAGUCGACCGUUGCGAGACGUUGAGCUGCGGAAGAUGAGUCCGAAGCCGAGCGCCUCGGGACCUCCGGCCAAGGCUGAGGAGACGGGAAAGAGGAAGUCCUCCUCUCAGCUGAGCCCCAGUGGCCCGAAGAAGAAGACUACCAAGGUGGCCAAGAAGGGAAAAGCAGCUCGUGGAGGGAGAGGCAGGAAGAAAGGGGCUGCGACAAAGAAGGCGGCUGCGACAAAGAUGGCGGCCGUGACGGCACCUGAGGCGGAGAGCGGGCCAGCGGCACCCGGCCCCAGCGACCAGCCCAGCCAGGAGCUGCCUCAGCACGAGCUGCCGCCGGAGGAGCCAGUGAGCGAGGGGAGCCAGCACGACCCACUGAGUCAGGAGACCGAGCUGGAGGAACCACUGAGUCAGGAGACCGAGCUGGAGGAACCACUGAGUCAGGAGACCGAGCCGGAAGAACCACUGAGUGCGGAGAGCGGGCCAGCGGCACCCGGCCCCAGCGACCAGCCCAGCCAGGAGCUGCCUCAGCACGAGCUGCCGCCGGAGGAGCCAGUGAGCGAGGGGAGCCAGCACGACCCACUGAGUCAGGAGACCGAGCUGGAGGAACCACUGAGUCAGGAGACCGAGCUGGAGGAACCACUGAGUCAAGAGACCGAGCUGGAGGAACCACCGCGUCAGGAGACCGAGCCGGAAGAACCACCGAGUGUGUGGACGGCCGAGUACUUCCCUGUCUCUGAGAGCAGCGACUAAGUUCAGGCCCAGCCGCCAGACCUCAGAGAUCUCACCAGCGGGGUGCUUGCCAUUCUGAUGAUAAUAAAAUGAAUGUGUUGCAGAUUGA